CGCGUUCCGUUUCCUAACAACCAACUGACUGCCGUCGAAGACCGCUGCCGAUAUUGUUAGAAGAAUUUCGUAAUGUUUAGAUCCACUUAGAAGAUUUGAAUUACUAGAAGAAGCUGAAAAUGCACAGGGCAGUUUGUUUAUGAUUUGUAAUUAGUUUGACGCCGUGUCCCAUUAAAAAAAUAAAUCAAUAAUGUCCGAUACAAAACCAGCCAGACGUCACGCCUGCGGGCACAAUCACGGAGAAUCUUCCCCCUCCACUGGCCCGGUCGUGAGGCCCAGAUGUCGGCGUACGGCUUCUGCCACUGCUGCUGCUAUUGGUGGAUUGAAAGGACAAAGCAGCAUCAGCAGUAGGCCCAGAUCUAUCGAAUAUGAUGUAAUUGUUAAUAGAGUGAAAAGCAAAAAGAAAAAGUCUGCGACUAGUCGGAAGCGUGGAGCAUCCCCAGAAAGAAGCAGCCCUCAUGGAUUCCUUCAGCAUUUGGUUGCCACGGAUACGGCAUCUAGGAAAGAUACCCUCUCUCCAACUCUGCUCAACAUAGGUGAGAUCAGUCUGGUAGAUGAAAGGGGAGACGCUGACACUCUGUUCGUAAGAAGGAAGUCUCCAAGGCAUGAUGUUACUCAGGCAACGCUUCAUAGGUCAAGCGGUAGACCUAAGACUGCUUCUCCAAGCAGGUCCUCAAGUAAAAGUCCACAUAGACGUGGCAAGCGGUCUCCCAGUCCUAAGAGCCUCUCCCCUCUGAGGGCAUCAAGUGCUCCUGGCCAUCACAUACUACCACACAACAGGAGAUCUAGUUUGGGUGAUUCCAUUUUGGAUGAGAGGAGGCAGAGCACACCAUGGUCUAUCACUGAAUUACAGGAUGAUGAAAGAAGUUCGUCCGCAACCCCAGAUACCAGGGAUGAACAUUUAACAACCCCAGAUGAUGUCACUGCGACAACCAAUGAAGAAGAAGAAGCAUCAAGAGAGAAAGAGGAUCGCAUUCUAAAAGAUCCUAUUAAAGAAAUGAUGAGAGCUGAUGACAAUGAGGAUGACUAUGACACUGAUCUUGAAGAACAUUUCCCUCCUAAGCCUCGAGUUAUACGUGAUGCUUCUGGCAGGCAAGUGUAUGUGCAGAAGUGCAAAGAAGAAGGUGUUGAUCCAGCUUCAUAUGUUCUAAGACAUUUGACAGACCCUGCCUUUCAGUUGAGACAUCGUUACCUUGAUGCACAGAACAUUGUUCCACUUACCAAAGCUAUGAAAAACAAUUCAAUGAUAGAGACGUUAGAUCUGUGUGAUAAUCAUCUUCAAGAUGACAGCGGAAUUGCCAUAGCAACCAUGCUGGAAAAUAAUGUCAAUAUCACCAAAGUUGAUAUAUCUCACAACCUGGUUCGUGGAAGAGGAAUCACAGCUUUCUCUAACAUGUUAGAAUCCAACUACACAUUGAAGACCCUUUGUUUACGAGCAAAUCACCUGACGGACAAAGAUGCGAUGCCCUUAGCAGAAGCAUUGAAGAACAAUGCAACACUCACAGAACUUGACUUGAGUUACAAUGAACUAGGAGAGAUGGCUGGGAUACAUCUUGGCUCAGGACUGGCAGUGAAUGAUGGACUGAACUAUCUUGAUCUGAGAUGGAAUGCAGUAAGGAACAAAGGUAUCGCAGCAUUGGCUAAUGCUCUCAAGGUCAACACUAUUCUUGAGGUUCUUGACCUUUCAAACAACGGUGUGUCAGUCCCAGGAUGCAUUGCACUCAUGAGAGCUCUCAAGAUUAAUACAGGACUACGAAUCCUAAAUCUAAGUUACAAUCACAUCAAUAGUGUUGGUGCUCAGAAGCUUUCAAUUGGAAUAAAAAAGAACUCUCGAUUGGCUGGACUAUUGUUAACAUCCAAUCCCAUCGGAGAUGAAGGAAUGGUGGCACUGUGUAAAGCUUUUAAACUGAAUCCCACCUUGAGAUUAGUAGCAUUACAGAACAUCCCAAUGCCAUUGAUUAUCCAUCAGAAGAUUCGGGAUGUAAUGGAAGCUAAGGACAUUCAUGUUCUCAAGCUUGAUGUAGACGGUCAUAAACGCAACAUACCCCCGAGUCAUGUAGCAGCCAUGGUGGAUCAGUUCAUCUGUGACAACCAGUCUAGGAUCUUGAGCCAUUGUCUAGCGCAGGACAUAGAAGCCACAGGAAACCUGUCUGUUGCUCAGAUCAAGAAGGCCCUGUGGGACUCGGGACUAGAUGUUAGUGAGGAGCAACUAGAUACAGCACUCAGGCAAACCAAAGUGAUUAAACACAGAACUGUGCCAUAUAGACCUAUGUUAGAUGGCCUCUCAGCACUGCUCAUGCUACCAAGCUGGAAGGCACCUACACCUAGAUUGACAAGUAGGGUCACUUAAUCUAACACUUCUUCCCUUUUAAUGAUACAAAUACUGUUAUUUUACAGCACAUUACACAUCCUGCCAUGUGAUCUAGUGAUUGUAAUGGACACGUUAAUGAAAUCUAUUGUACUUACUUUCCAGACUGGGAUUGCACAAAGUCUGUAAAGGUGUGACAAUACAUGCUACACAGCCAGGUAUUGUGCAAAAUCUAUGCCUUUUCACAAUCUUACUGCUCCAAACAUAAUGAAUUAUGUUGAGGGCAUUUUCAACCUUGAUGAUUUGUUUACUUGUACAUUCCUGCCUAUGUAUUAGGCAUUGACCUGCAACUGACUUAUUUAAAAAAAUACAUUUUAUCACCUUGCCUCAUUUCGAUAUCCCUUUUAACAAGGCUCAACUGACUUGUUUUUGUCUUUUCAUAAUUUCAUGGCAAUAAUAAAGACACCAUAAAGGCUCAGAAACUUGCAUACUCACAAGCCAUCUGAUGAAAAUUUUGAAUCUUGUCGGUAGGGUAAAUGCAUGAAUAUUCAUUAAUCUGUAAUGGGGUGCAAUCUUAUGACAGUUGACCAGUCAAAACAAUGGGUUUUCCCGCUCCGUAUGG